AAAAAAAAAAAAAAGUUUUUCUGCACAAACUUACAACAGUUUCGAGAACUCAAUUGCCUACGUGAACACUGGAGUCUGGAGUGGACAGUGGAUUUCCCAGAACAGGGAAAGAAUCUUGUGAACUGAAACUUUCCUCACUGUAGAGAGAGAGAGAGAGAGUGGAGGGCAUCAUCAUCAUCAUGAUGAGAAGGAAGCUAUGCUGGAAAUACUGAAGAGGCAUAUCAAGAAAAAGAGAAUGAUUUCAGAUUCUGCUGAGAUGGAACUUGAUGUGGACUUGGACAGCAAGAUAAUAGAUUGCUCAAUUGGAAGGGAGAUUUGUGUUACCGAGGCUGGAGAAAUGCUUGAUUUAUAUGAGGGGAGAGAGUUAGGUAUACAUGAAAUAGAUAAUAAUGUGGAACCUUAUGUUGGGAUGGAGUUUGAAUCUGAAGAGGCAGCUAUGAUGUAUUAUGAUGCAUAUGCUAAGUGUUUGGGCUUCAUUAUCAGAGUUGGUAAUUGCCAUCGUUCAGGUCGUGAAGGAUCAGUUAUCAGUCGAAGGUUUCUUUGUAACAAAGAAGGUUUCCGUGUUAAUAAUAACAAGACAAGAAAUACAAGAAGUCUCGAAGUGAGGAAGCCAAGGCAGAUUACUAGGGAGGGUUGCAAGGCUAUGAUUAUGGUGAGGAAAGAGAAGACAGGAAAAUGGGUUGUCACAAAGCUUGAAACAAAACAUAAUCACCCAAUGGGGAUAUCUGUUGGCAAGGGUCGUAGGUGUACAGUUCAGGCCAGACCGCAGGUCCUUAUGAACGCGGCAGAAAAUGUUUUUUGCUUCCUUUGAGAAGGGCCCCUGAAAUCUUCAGUGGGUUUGAAGAAUUUGAGUGAAAAGUAGGCCAGAUUUUCAACUGAUUCACAACGAGUAAUUCCCUACUAGCUUUGUAGCUUGAAAGGGGCCAUCAUAUAUAAUUGUCAUUAUUGGUGCACCACAUUCCAUUUAAACUUUUUUCUAGAUUUGGGGAGUAAGUUUAAACAAAGCUUUAUUUCCAACUCGCAAUUCCUACAAUCAUUCUCUCUUAUUAGCAUACUCUUUCAUGCUCUCUUAUUAGCAUAAUAAUUCAUGCAUUGUUUCUUGUGAAGCUAACUCAAGCUUCCAGUAGUAAUUCCUUCUUGGACUGGAUAUACCUAUACUCUGCGAAGCACUUUCAUCAGUUCACUGCACUGCCACUCAUGGAGAGUAAGUGGCUACUUGGCUGGUUGCCAAUGUACUGGCACUCAUCCUGGUUGAGGAUCAAUGUAUGUUGUAGAAAAAAGGCACUGGAUCCAAUAGAUUUGUCCAAUUAUUAUGAGUUGCAACCCAAUUGUUAUAGGUAUUUCCUGUAAAAAUAUGCACUCAAUUUGGCCAUCUGUCCGAGGGUGAUUGGCAGUAGAGAACUUUAACUUUAAACCCAUCAGUUAACGAGUGCAGUCCAAAGUUCUCCAAUAAUUUGAGUUUCUUGGUCAUGCACAAUGUCCUCUCACAACCUAAAGUACUUUACAAGCAGUGUGGUGAAAUCCAGAAAAUGCCUUCAAGGAAUUAAGGUUUCCAAACUGAUGAGGUGCAUGGCUUCAUAAGACAUUUGCCUCAGUGAGGCAAGGCAUCAACUUUUAUCUUGGACGCCUAUGCAUUUAAAAUUUAAACAAUAUCAACUGUUAUCUCUGUAUUUA